AAACAGGUGAAGGAAAAUAGAAAAUAAAUAGAUGAGGGAAAGUAGAAGGCAGGUAGAGAGAAUAAAUAGCUAAUAGGGAGAGCGAAUAAAUGGGUGAAGGGGAAUGGGUGGAUCAAGGAAACAAUGGCGGGAGACCAGAUUGAGGCGGAGAGGAUAAAUAGGUGAAGGGGAAUAGGAUACAUUGGUGAGGGGUAAGGGAGCAGGGUCAGAGAAGAUAACUAGGUGAGGAGAAAUAGGCAGAGAGAGUAAAUGGGUGUGAGAUGGGUGGGGCAGAGGCAUGGAGGGUGAGUAGGGCAGAGGUGGAGACUGAUGGCUUGGGAGAUGAGGAGAAGGAAAGUGAAUGAGUGUGCUGAAAGUUGGAGAGAGAAGGCAAUAUCUCCAAUUUUGCUUUUCAAAUUAUGUGGUUUAUGAUUUUCCAUGAGAUCCAGUAGAACAAAAUGUUGUCAUUGUGGGCUUCAAUACUUUUUAAACUAAAGAUUCUCUUUAAAUUUUCAGCGUUUAUUCAAAUCUGAUGACGGGGGAAUACAAGAAUGAAUUCUGGAAAAGAACUGCAGUUGGAAAAAUUAAUAGAUGAUGCCAUUAAAGGAAAUAUUUUUAAGGGACUGGAAGAAUUACAAGAAGAAAAUGAUGAGAAUAUAUCUUGCAAAUGUAGCAGACAGAUUACAAACAAACUGAACAGACUAAUACUGAGGGAACUAAAUAAAAGGGAAGUUAAAAAUGUUACUUUGCUGUUAGGUUGCAUUCACAAAUAUGGUAAGCAUAUGACCAUACAAGGUGAGGAUGGCUUGGCAGCAAUGAUAAAGGAUGGACUUAUUCAGAAGAUAAGUAAUAGUUAUUCAUAUUUCCAUUUAAUUCCGAGUACAUUUAAUGACAUUGAGUUUGGGCUAUUGCAAAUAUUUGCUGUGAUUCAAAUAACAAACAGCAUUUAGAAAUGUAUGCGUAGAAUGUGUUUUAUUUCUUAAAAGUUAAAAAAUUUAUUUUCUGUUGGGACACAUAUUUCAAUUAUGUAUCUGAAUGGUGAAAUGAUUUUAAGCAUAAUUUUAAUGAUUUUUAACGUUUAUAUCGUUGAUAGAGCUGCUUUAAAAAUUUGUUAAAAUGUUAAGAGCGUUUCCUAAUCAGAAGCCUUGGAUGAACCAUGAGAUCUGCAUUUUUCUGAAGACCAGAUCCCGGGCAUUCAGGUCUGGAGAUGCAGAAGUCUACAAGAAGUCCAGAUACGACCUUGGCAAGGCCAUUAAAAAGGCCAAAAGGGACUUCUGCUCCAAGCUGGAGGACGUGACGGAUGUUCGGCAACUGUGGCGGGGCUUGAAUGCCAUCACCUCCUACAAGGCAAAAUCAGGAUGCAGCUUAAAUGUCAGCGAAGCAUCAUUCCCUGACGAGCUCAAUGCGUUCUACGCACGCUUUGAUAGGGAGAACACAGAUGUGCCUUCCCGAGCCCCCAUUUGCCGUGAUGGUAUUUCAGUCACAGUCACAGAGGCCGACGUCAGAAGAUCCUUCAGAGGGCUGAACCCUCGGAAAGCGCCUGGACCUGAUGGUAUACCUGGUCGUGUGUUCUCAAAAUCUGUGCAGACCAACUGGCUGAAGUUUUUAACGGACAUUUUCAACCUCUCACUUCUGAGGUCUGAGGUUCCCACCUGCUUUAAAAGGACAUCAAUAAUACCGGUGCCCAAGAAGAGCAAGGUGACGUGGCUCAAUGACUUAUCAACGAGGAUUGGGUAAUGUUUAAAGAGCAACAGAAGAUAACUAAAAAGACAAUACGGGGAGAAAAGAUGAGGUACGAAGGUAAGCUAGCCAAGAAUAUAAAGGAGGAUAGUAAAAGCUUCUUUAGGUAUGUGAAGGGGAAAAAAUUAGUUAAGACCAAAGUUGGACCCUUGAAGACCGAAAAAGGUGAAUUUAUUAUGGGGAACAAGGAAAUGGCAGAUGAGUUGAACAGGUACUUUGGAUCCGUCUUCACUAAGGAGGACACAAACAAUCUUCCUGAUAUAGUAGUGGCCAGAGGAUCUGGGGUGACGGAGGAACUGAAGGAAAUCCAUGUUAGGCAGGAAAUGGUGUUGGGUAGACUGAUGGGCCUGAAGGUUGAUAAAUCCCCAGGGCCUGAUGGUCUGCAUCCCAGGGUACUUAAGGAAUUGGCUCUAGAAAUCGUGGAUGCAUUGGUGAUAAUUUUCCAAUGUUCUAUAGCCUCAGGAUCAGUUCCUGUGGAUUGGAGGGUAGCUAAUGUUAUCCCACUUUUUAUGAAAGGCAGGAGAGAGAAAACGGAAUUAUAGACCAAUUCGCCUGACAUCGGUGGUGGGUGCAGAUCAGUGUCACUCAUGUUAUGAGUCAUGCUUUUGUAGUUACGCCCACUUGUUUUUACAGUAAUCCUUCCUGCCUGUUUCCCUUAGAAUUAGAGACACGUGCAAGUAUGAAGUUAUCUAUGCUAUUGUCGUUAAUAAAGUCUUUGGACCUUUAUCAUGGUGUAGGCUUCAGUUAUUAACACAGCCCUAACACAACGUGGUGUCAGAAGUGGGAAACAAACCC